UGUCGGAGACCUGCAGUUUGGAAGGGUUAGUGAGCAGCACACACACAAACUUGCCCACUCAGCACACAUGCACGCACACACAGACUCAACCGUGGUACGGGACGCUGCCGGACUCGCUGGAAAAUGAAUCUAAUGAAGGGAAGGACAAUCAGCCUACAGCAUGGACUCUGAAUCUCUGGACAACUGCAUUCAGAGCACGCUCUCCGCUCUCUACCCUCCAUUUGAAGCCACUGCAGCCACCGUGCUAUGCCAGGUGUUAGACGUGGUUGAGACGAAAUACCGUGGAGACGGACUACGCUACAUCAUUGACUUCCUGGUGCCCGCUAAACACAUCCUACAGAGCAUUCAACAGGAUGCAUGCUUCCCAUACUGUGGUUUCCUGUUUCGUCAUGAGGGCUGGCCGCUCUGUGUCCAUGAGAAGGUCAUAAUUCAGCUCUCAUCUUUGGACUGGCGUGUGUUACGGCCCAGCGACUUCUACUUACAGGUGACGCCAUCGCCCAAAAGCCCCCCACGCAUCACGGUGAAGUGUCUGGCAGCUAGCAGGCAGCAUGUGGAGGAGCUGGACGUGCCAGAGCUAGCAUACACCUCUCUAUUCACCAUGGAUUGGCUGGACUCCAUCAACCGGGAGAGGAGUGUGGUCAGAAAAGCCGCUCUGGAACACUGUCUUUUAUCAGCGGAUAAUGAUAUUUUUAGGGUACCGUGGGAGGAUAUUGUUCACCCGGAGUUUAUCAGCAGACCCCCCAAAGUUACAGAAGAAGCUGAAAGUAGAGGGGUGGCCAAGGAAGUUGCCAACAGAGAGGAAAGGGACUUGGACGUAGAUCAGGAAGACAACCCUGAGGACAUACAAUGUAGGAUUUUUAUUGACACUUCCACGGACCAAUCGGGGGAGAUGGGUUGUCAGAGCAAGGGGGUUAAGCUCCUCCCUGCUCUCAGUGAGAUCAGUAAAGAUAGCAGUGGACAGAGCUCUAGCAGCACGGCAGAGGAUUCGGAGGGAGAGUAUGUGGAGCUAGCUGAUAUCUCCUUACCACGCUUUUCCCCACAGAAGGGCUCUCUCACUCAAGCCAUUAGCAUGAACUACAGAAAUCUACAUAAACCACAGACUGCGGCUUCUACUCAGCCUAAAGCCAAACCAGAGCAGAGUCUUUUGAAGAAUGGCGCAUGCUCACAGAGCAUGGUGUGCGCCAUGCUGAUUGAGGAAAACCUGAGUGAUACCUACCAGCCUGUGAUUUUAACCCCCACUGCUCCUGCAGAGGCAGAGCGUCAACUACAGCAGGUGGAUGGGUCUGAGCACACCUGUGCUGCAGGUACAGCCUCCUGUGACAAUGUGUCUGAGCAUGAGUCUGAGAGAGAGUUUGUGUCUCAAAACUCUGACUGUGAUACUACUCCACUUUCUGAUACGUCAACACGUAACAUAUCACAAACAGACUGUGAACCAGUCAACACAUCACAACUAGACAACAAUCAAGUCAGCACAUUACAACCAGACAUUAAACCAGUCAACACAUCACAACUAGACAGCAAUCUAGUCAGCUCAUUACAACCAGACAGUAAACCAGUCAACACGUCACAACUAGUCAACGAGCCAGUGAAGACACCACAAUCAGAUGUUAAACCAGUAAGCACAUCUCAGCAAGACAACGAACUAGUCAGCACAUCAGAACUUGACAGCAAACCAGUCGGCACAGCACAACUAGUCAUUGAGCCAGUCAGGACAUCACAGCCAGACGUUAAUCCUGAAAACACAUCUCAUCUAGACAACCAUCUAGUAAGCACAUCACAACUAGAUAAUGAGCCAGUCAAGACAUCGCAUCCAGACGUUGAACCAGUAAGCAUAGGUCAGCUAGACAACAGUCUAGCUAGCACAUCACAAUCAGACAGCAUGUCACAGCUAGUCAAUGAGCUAGUCAAGACUUCACAACCAGACGCUGAACCAGUAAGCAUAUCUCAACCAGACCUUAAACCACUAAACAUUACUCAACUUGACAGCAAACUAGUCAACACUUCACAACCAGACAGUAAUCCAGUCAGCACAUCACAGCUAGUCAGUGAGACAGUCAAGACGUCACAACCAGACCAUAAACUAGUAAGCAUAUCUCAACUAGACAGCAAACUAGUUAGCACAUCUGAACUAGACAACAAAAAAGAAAGUUUAUCUCAACUAGACAGCAAGCCAGUUAACACAUUAGAACUAGACAAUGAGCCAAUCGAGACAUCACAAACGGACGUUAAACCAGUGAGCACAUCUCAAUUAGACAACAAACUAGUCAGCACAUCACAACCAGAGAGCAAACCAGUCAACACAUCACAAUUAGACAUCGAGCCAAUCAAGACAUCACACCCAGACAUCAAACCAGUCAGCACAUCUCAGCUAGACAACAGUCUAGUCAGCACAUCACAACCAGAUAACCAACUAUUCCACACAUCACAACUAGAAUGUGAACUAGUUAGUAUAUCUUUACCAGAAAGCAAACCACUCAUUGCAUCACAUCUGUACAGCAUGCCACUAAGUACAUCACAAACAGACAGCAAAACAGUUCACGUGGAGCAACAAGACAGCGAAGUAACUAGUAUAUCACAACCAGAGAAUGAAAUGUUAUCUGGUACUUUAGAGAGGGAAAACUCUGAACAAGUUUCUCCGGCUAAAAUUGAACUGGUUGUGUUUGAUCCUGCUGCAGAAGCAGAAGUCGUAUCUGAAUCUGAGCAGGUCCGAGGUGAUCAUGGCCUGGAAGGCUGUUGUGAUUUGCAGAAUUGUAAAGUGUUGGUUUCUGAGCCUCUAACUGUCAGCAUACACAAACAGACUGAGCAAACAGAGCACAGCCCAUGUCAGAUACACAAACACAUCCAAACACCACCUGAGCAAGUGCAUGAUCUUUCUGCCACAAAAGAAGACCAUCAAGCAUUUAGUAACAGUAGCCAUGACAAGAAUGAAUCUGAUGGUGAUUAUAGUUUGAGUGCAGAGGAAGAAAGUGGGCCUGUUUCGACUGCUCCGCAAAGCAAACAGGUAGCUUUUGCCUCUGUCACCAUGGUGCCUGAGGAGGAUCUGGUUACGCUCAUUUCACAGGGUCAGGUGAGGACAGAGUCCCACGAGGACAGAAACAACGAGACUGAGGUGAAACUCCAGACAAAAGAAGCACAUGCAGAAAGAGAAGUAGCGGGAAAUUUAUCUUGUAAGGAGGAAGAAACGGUAGAAAAGAAAAGCAUUGGAGUGACAGAAAGCCAGACAGAGAAUGAUAUAGUAGCAGUUUGUAAGGCAGAGGAAGUUGAGACUGCUCAAACAGGUCUGGUAGAUGCCACACCCAAGUCUGAUUCCAACGUUCAAGUUCAGGAGGAGGGCAGCUCCUCUGUAGGAACAGAUGAGAAGAAACAAACCGAUGUUGAAGAGAAAGGGGUGGAGGAAGAGGAGACCGAGGGCAUUACUGUGAGUGAGCAAGAGGCCAUAGUGACCAGCUAUUCUGAAAAUAGAGUCCAGUCAGCAUGCAAUCAAGUCCUUGAUCCAGAUGCAGAUGUUCCCAACACAAAUGGACACAUGCACACUCAGGACACACCUACCACCAAAGGAGAAGGGCAAAAUACAAAGGAGGAGGAGGAGAGAAAGGGGGAAAAUGAGGAGAGGCAAGAGGAUGAGGUUACUUCCUCUGUGAAUGGCUCUCCAGGAGGGCAUCAGCAACAAGCAGACAUGGAGACCCGUUACCAUCAGCAGGAAGAGCAAGCAUCCAGUCAGGAAGUAGACAGCAUUGUUUCCCACCUGUCUGCUAAAACCCAAAGUGAAGACCCCUCAGCAGUUCCUCCACCACUGCCUCCCAUCUCCCAGAAGACCCAGCCUGUCCAGAGUGAGGCUUAUGACAUCAAUCCUGAUGUCCUGAGCUCUGGAGUGCUCUGCCUGCCGGGAACAAGAGAUAAAUCAGGCCAUGCCCUUGUGACAGUGACAAUGAGAAACACUAUCUGGUUGAAUCCGAACUGCAAUAGUGGAGAGCUGAUGCGGAUCAUGGUCUACUUCUUCAGUACACUCAGGAAGGAAGUUAGUGCUUUGGGACUGACUGUCCUGGUGGAUGCCCGCAGGUGUUCUCCUGUCCCCGCCCUCUUUAAAUCCUUCAACAUCCUCCAGGAAGCCAUGCCGGGAUGCAUCCAUACAGUACUGCUGCUGGCCGACAGAGAUCUGGCUCUACGUGUGGAGAAAACCACUUCUAUACAGGUGGAGUUGUUGACAUCGCUUAAGUCUCUCUAUAAGCAUGUUGACAUCGCUCAACUACCCACUGAGUUUGAAGGCACUUUCCCUUAUUCCCACAGCAGCUGGGUCUGUUUCAGAAUGAGGCUGGAGCAGCUGACCAGCCAUUGUAAGGAUGCUGUGAACCUGCUUCAGAACACCAUCAGCAAACUGGAGUCUACAGUGCUGCCACCUACAGCAGAGGAGGCACAGAUCUUAUUGUGUAAGUACAGAGAGUUGAUGAGGACUGUUCUGGAGGACAGCAGGUUGGUGCGGCUACAGCUGGAGGGAGGAGCCGCUCUGUCCCGUUUGCGAAAAGAGGAGACCAGUGUCAGUCUGACAGAGGACUACAGAGAUGCCAUCGAGAGUGCAGGCUGUCUGUACAACCAAGUGGACGAGUUAGUUCACAGACUGGUGAUGCUGUCCAACAAAUGCACACAGGAACUGGAAUUCAUAAUGGAGUUUAAGACUCUGGAGGAGGGAUUCAGAGAGGUGAGUCAGUGGAUAGAAGAAGUGGGCGAGACUCGUCUGCAGACACUGAGUGAGCUGGAAGAUUCCUUGGAGCAGUUACAUCAUAAACAGACUGUCUUCAGAGAAUUUUACACAGCUGCAUAUGAGCACUGUAAGAGUGGUGAAGCUCUCCUUAAGCGCUUAGAGAAGUGGGAAGACGUCUCUUCUGCAGAGCUGCAGGUGUACGAGGUGAAGAUACGCUCAUUCUGGGUCCAUCUACAUGAUUUCUCCCAGCGAGUGGAGGAAACCAAGGAUAAAAUUGACAAGACUGUUCGACUCUACGAGUUUUUUGACAAGGCAUAUGUAUGGGCGCUAGAGGGCAUGCGUCAUUUGGCGUGUGUUAGUAUGGAGGAAUGUGGCAUGUCUGACAAGUGUCAGAGCGUGAUCACGUGUCUGGAGACCUAUCGCAGUCAGCACCCCCCGAUCCCCGACGCACACUUCCAGGAGAUGAAGGACCUCGCUGGGGAGCUGAAGAGUGAGCAGGGACUCAAGCAGUGGAAGUUUGCCUGGUCCAAGUGUCAGGAGACCAAGCAGAUGUUUGAGAAGAAGCUGGAGAUGGCCCUGCGCACCCGCCGCGAGAGCGGCUCCAAAUCAGCGAGGGGUGACUCCUCUCGCCAGAACUCGGACCGUAGCGCUAAACCUCAGGAGCGUAGCAGUAGCGUCUCCUUCUCAUGUCGGAAAGCGUUUGGUGGAGGCUGGGGCAGGGACAGACUUUCCUCACAUUCCAGCAUGUCCUCCACUCCUAGCAGUCCUUCAGGCAUUCGCAUGGACACCCGUGACUCUGUCCGAACCCCCACAGGAAGUCCAUAUAGCAUUGAGCACAGCACACCUGUCAGAUCCCACAGGCUAACACGAAGCAUCUCUACAGGCGAGUCUCCGCAGCGGCCACAAGCGGAGGGGCAGGCAUGUGCAACAAGCCCAAGCCUCACUUCUAUAGAACCAAACCGCAGGGUUUUGCGGAAGACCCAGAGCUUUGAUACGGCCGGUAGCGAGUCUGUGUCACGGUAUGGGACCUGUCAGAGAACUUUGAGUGAGCCUGCACGGAGAGGACACACAGGGGUGUUCAUUAAGGGUCUGGAGGUGAGCAGCACUGAAGUGAUCGAUCGGCCGUACAGCCCGCGACUGCCGCCCAUGCAUGGAUGGUCUUCUGUUGAUUCACACCGCAGCGGGAGUCCUGCACCAGAAACACGCAGCAAGGGCAGUAAACUACGCCACAUCGUAGAUGAGAUGGUAACAACGGAGCAGGAAUAUGUGCGUUCUCUGCGGUACAUAAUUGACAACUAUUUCCCUGAGAUGGAGCGCGCUGACCUGCCACAGGACCUGCGGGGAAAGCGCAGCAUCAUCUUCGGAAACCUGGAGAAGCUGGUGGACUUCCACAGCCAGUAUUUCCUGAAAGAGCUUGAGAGCUGCUGCAAUCAUCCACUACGCGUCAGCCACUGCUUCCUACGACAUCAAGACCAGUUCAGCCUGUAUGCUCUAUACAGCAAGAACAAGCCAAAGUCAGACACACUUCUGGCCAGCCAUGGAAACAGCUUCUUCAGGCAUAAGCAGCUGGAGUUGGGGGAUAAGAUGGACCUGGCGUCGUACCUGCUGAAGCCCAUCCAGCGCAUGAGUAAGUAUGCCCUGCUGCUGAAAGACCUGAUCAAAGAGGUGAGCGAAGUCCAGGAGCAGGAGCUAAUGUACCUACGUGCCGCUGCCGAGAUGGUCAAAUUCCAGCUUCGCCAUGGCAAUGAUCUGCUCGCCAUGGACGCUAUCAGAGAUUGUGAUGUGAAUUUGAAAGAGCAGGGGCAGUUGGUUCGGCAAGAUGAGUUCACAAUUUUCUAUGGCAGGAAGAAGUGCCAAAGACAUGUGUUCCUGUUUGAGGAUCUAGUGCUGUUCAGCAAACCCAAACGCAUUGAGGGUGGCCUUGAUGUUUACAUAUAUAAGCACUCUUUUAAGACGGCUGAUGUGGGUAUGACAGAGACAUCGGGUGAGAACGCUCUGAGGUUUGAGGUCUGGUUCAGGAGGAGAACUUCAAAGAACCAGACCUACAUUCUCCAAGCCAGCAGCGCCGAGAUCAAACAUGCCUGGACCUGCGACAUUGCACGGAUACUAUGGCAGCAGGCCACGAGGAACAAAGAAAUUCGAAUGCAGGAGAUGGUCUCUAUGGGGGUGGGCAAUAAACCCUUCCUGGACAUUAAACCCAGUGAUGCUGCUAUCAACGACAGAGCUAUUGACUACAUUAUGAAAGGCAGAGGGGCCAGGACGAGAGCCUCCAUUGCUGUCUCGCUUUUUGACCACUCAAACCCAUUCAAACGAGCUGCAGUAAAUGCUCCCGUUAGUGGCCCCCCAGUGUCCAGUGGCCCCUCCUCUUCCACGCUGCUGGGCCCAUUAAAUCUGCAUAUGUACAGCACCCAAAGCCUGUUAGCAGGGGAGAGACCUCUCAUCAGCCCCUGCAUCGAGGAAGAUGAGCUGGAGCACGAGACAAGCAGUCAACCGUCUAUGACUACAGAGAGUUCGGGUUCGUCAUCUCACUGUCUGUCAGGUAGUGGCUCGAGCGGGUCAGACAGCGGAUGUGUGUCCAGUCACCUUCCCGAGGCUUUGUCCGAGGAGCCCAGCUCACCGUGUGACUCCUCCUGUUACUCCUCCAUCACCUCUCCCACCCAGGAGAAACCCUGCUUUAACAGCCAGUACAUCUCAGCGGGGGAAGCUCAGGUGAUUGGUCCCUCUACUAUAGUGUGAGCUCAGUAACCACUGCUGCAGUUUAAGACCUGUCUGCUUCAGAUUGUGAAGACAACGUUGCCACACCGAAGAGGAGUACAGAGCUAGUAUUUAUUGUUCCCAUUGAGUGCCAGCAAAUCUCAUGCAGAGUUUAAAAAGCGCUCAAAAUAGCACUGUUUCUCUUUUUCUUUUUUAAGCCACUUUUAGCUUCAAUAGCUUUUAUAUAAUUUUAAAAAUUAUCUAUAAAACUGAAUAAAUAUUCUUGUAUUUAUCUUCUUUUCAAAUGUUAAGAUACAGUAGUGUUCUCAGCUGUAUUAUUAACUGUAAAUACUGUAGUAGUGUACAAUACACUUCUGAACUGUUGCGGUUAUUCAGUUCCCACUCUUUUUGUCGUUGUUGUUGUUGCCCAUUUUGCUGCAGACUUCAGCUGGUUUGAUUUAGAAAAUAAAUAUCUUAAUGUUAAAAGGUAUGGCUAAAUCUCUAAGCAUCAGUACACUAAAGGUGUUAAGCAAUGUUUAAAGCAUUUGUUGUAGAGUUUCUGUUCUUUCUAGUGUUUCCAUAGUUUGUGGACCUGUAGUCAGUCAAUAUGCUGUAUGAUAGCUGGCCUGAUCCAGAAUCAGAGAGCAUUCAUUCAAAUCAUACGACUGACCUCAUGUCAGCACUGCUGCCUGUUUGGAGAUGGUGAGAGUUUUCAUUUCAGUUCUCUUAUUUACAUUAUUAACUAUAACAAAAUACAACAUGUAAAUUGUAAAUAGUUGCACCAGUGGUGCUUUGAGGACAUAGCGUUUAGGAAGUAAUGUUUAUACAUGUAUUAACCAGUCAACAUGAGAAUCACUCAAGUGCCAUUCUUUGUUGCCAACCCAAAUUGGAAGUGUAAAAUCAAAAGAUAAUAGUAAUUAAAAAAGCGUUGCAAGUUCCACUUCAAGCUGAAGCAUGAGUAUGUACUCAAGUGUUUUAUUUUCCAUCUUAACAAGUUCACACAGAAGUAAUAAAGACUGGAUUGCUUUGUACCGGUAAAGAAAGUGUGUUUUAUUUAUUGUCUUUAAUCAUUUAUGAUUGGCAUAAAGUAGAAGCACAUAUCCCACAAACCCUGCGGGCUGGUAUUCAAUUUCUGCACACUGACUGA